GCUCGGCCGCCGCUCCGGUGGGUUUUUGCGGGGGAUGUCAAGCUGUCAUUGAGCCGGGACUUUGCAUGGUUGGAUUUUUUUCUUUUUGUUUUUCUAGAGUCUGCCUUUAACUUCUAAAAAGCCGUAACUCUCAUUUUUUAAAGCUGAAUUUACCCACACUGACCAAUGGCUCCUCCCCCAGCCUUAUAUUUUAUUGAGCGGUGACAUUGAAAAAACUACAGAGUAAAAUCCAACUUUUUUUGGUGCCCCGCUGCAGAACAUUUUCUGCAGGGAACUUUCUUCUGCUUUUGAUGGAUUAUUUAUUUAUUGGUGUGCGUGUUUCACGGUGGGAGUGACUUACUGUCAAACCCUAAAAGCUGCUUCUCGUGUCGUUUCCCAAAGUCAUUUUUGGAGAGGUCCCCUCACCUGUGAUGUCAGGGCCCUUAUGAAACGUACGCGUUGAUUUUUGGAAAGCUGUGCGAGAGCUCGAGAGAAGAUGUGGUGGAGGAGCCCAAGUCCCGGUUUGUUGUUGUUUCUCCAGAGCUUUUUGCUACGCUCAGUCUCCAGUGGGUAACGUAGGGAAAAAUGCUCUUGAGAUUCAGCUGAUCUAUUUUUUUUUUAAAUAAAUGUUAUAUUUGUUGUUUUUUUUAAAAAGGCAAACCAGAACACAUGAGUUUGGCCCUGACCCGGAUGCUGCAUUUUCAGUGUUGGGUCAGACAAAAGGGAUCCAGCAAGUGUAGCUUUAGGCCCUGUUUUUUUCCCCCGGGAAGGAUGAAGUUUUGCUGCCUCCCGCUCGGUUGCGGUUUUCAGGCUGGGCAGCCGGGGGGGAAGGACGCUGCUAGAGGUCAUUGGUGCGGGUCGGGCUGCGGGGUCGCGUUUGGGAAGGGAAGGAUGGCGUUGGUUUAACCGCCCGGCAGAGCUGCUGCUGCACGUACCGAAUGUGUUCCCUGCUGGAACUGCCUUACAGUAUGUACGCUGAGUCUUAAAGGUUUUAUUUUGAGACGGGCAUGGUGUUAGGAGAAAUCCUGUCGCGGUGCUGGAACAUCUUGUGUGUGCCUGUGUGUAUGAUACUAUAGUUAAAUGGAGAAUAGGAGAAGCAGGGAGCAAACAGGAGAGCAUGUUGGUUUUUCUAAAUGUGAUUUAUAUGACAACAAAAAGCCCAAAGCUCUCACAGAAGCAGGUGGAAUCUGGUGUUUUAAUUCGACCUACAAAUUCUGCUGGGCUUGUCUGAACACAUAGCCCGUGCUUUCACAUGCCUUAAUAAUUUGAUUUUAGCUUUAAUCAGAUACGGUAAGAUAACUGAUUCGACUGUGCUCCUGAGAUUAAACUCACCAGACUUUUCAUGUACAGCUAUAUUCUAUGUGUGUUUUUAAAGAUAAAUUUAGAUAAGAAGAACAAAGCAAACGGUGUCUUGAAUGAGGGUUUAAAAAGAAUAAAUCAUGGGAGGACACCCUGUCAUAUUUCUGACUAUAAUUAGGUCCUCCCCCAGCUUUUCUCUUGUAGCACAGUCUGGUCCCUGCAAUGUAUUAAUUUGCUCUUCUCUGGGGGAGGGGUGGACAGAUCGACCAGGACAAAUUUGCCUGAGUUUUGAUCGUGUGACAAUGAUUGAAUCAAUCCAAAUAAGAAGCCGACCUUAAAAUCAGGAGCGCAGCUUAAGAGUAAAGCAGCAAACUGGGCAGGGUCCCUGGGAGCCGUGUGUCUGUGGCCGUGGUGUGAUGUGGAGUAUAACACAGCAUUUGACUCUGUUUCAACGUCCAGCGCAGGAGGCAGAUCGGUUGGGUAUUGGCAUGGAAACGUCGCUCUUGUUUACAAUUGACCCUAAAGUUGCAUUUCCCCGACGAGCACAGCCUAAGAUGGUCACGAGAACAAAGAAAAUAUUUGUAGGUGGAUUAUCAGCUAACACAGUAGUGGAAGACGUAAAGCAAUACUUUGAGCAGUUUGGCAAGGUAGAGGAUGCCAUGCUUAUGUUUGACAAGACGACCAACAGGCAUAGAGGAUUUGGCUUCGUAACUUUUGAAAAUGAAGACGUGGUGGAAAAAGUCUGUGAAAUUCAUUUCCACGAAAUCAAUAAUAAGAUGGUAGAAUGUAAGAAAGCACAACCUAAAGAAGUGAUGUUUCCACCAGGGACGAGGGGCCGGGCGCGCGGGCUGCCGUACACCAUGGACGCCUUCAUGCUGGGGAUGGGCAUGUUGGGUUACCCAAAUUUUGUUGCAACGUAUGGCCGAGGAUAUCCUGGAUUUGCCCCAAGUUACAGCUAUCAGUUCCCAGCCCUAUUACCAUAUUUAAAUGCAAGUUUUCCGGCAGCGGCUUAUGGACCAGUAGCAGCGGCAGCCGUGGCGGCAGCAAGAGGAUCAGGUAGGGGGGCCCGUGGAAGAGCAAACCCUCAGAGCGCAGGGUCAGUCUUGAAUAGCUACAGUGCUCAACCGAAUUUUGGCGCACCCGCUUCCCCGGCAGGCUCCAACCCAGCCCGACCCGGAGGCUUCCCCGGGGCCAACAGCCCCGGCCCCGUCGCGGAUCUCUACGGCACAGCCAGCCAGGACUCCGGCGUCGGUAACUACAUAAGCGCCGCCAGCCCACAGCCGGGCUCCGGCUUCGGCCACGGCAUCGCCGGACCUUUGAUUGCAACGGCUUUUACAAAUGGAUACCAUUGAAACGUUACACAUGGUUGGUUGCCAUCUCACUUGGAGAGUCUCUCUGGAUGUCCGGGCAAGACGGGGCGAAGCUUCUGAACGGGCCCACGUUUGGGUGAUCUCAUCAGACUUUGAGCAUUAAUUACAUCGUCACCGAGAACGCAAACAAACCGGAGGUGGCACUCGACGGACUUGGGUUGUUUAAAAAAAAUCUCUCGCAUCAUCUCAUGAAUCUGCUGUACUAUAAAAACAACAGCUUUUAAAAGUAUGUAUAUAAAAUCCAUUUCUUGUUCGUUUUAUUUUCUUGCUGGGUUUCCCCCCCCCCCCGCUUCUUUUUAAACCUAUCCAAACCACGUUAUUUUCGUAGCAUUUUGACAUAGUCUCGUAGCCACGUAGUUCUAAUUCUUUGUGUAUCUAGCAAGAGCCUAACCAUAGUGUAACUGUUUAUAUUAAGGGGUUUCUUUCGUUUCUGCCCCCCGUUCUGUUCUAUGUAGCCGUUGCUAAGGAUGCUGAGCUGGCGACAGGAGCCUCAGCCGCCGGGCCCGGCUCUGCGGGGGGACGCGGUUCCGGGGGGGCCUUGCAGGGCACGGGGGGGCAGGGGUGAGCAGCAGCUUCUCGAGCCCUUCUUUUCAUUUGUGGCGUCUUCGUUAACCUAAUUCUAUCUAUUUUUCGGCAAUAAGGCAAGGACUACAAACUUUUUGUGCGUCCUUUUUUUCUAUAAGUGCUUUUUUUUGUUGAAAGAGGUGAUAUAAGGUUUUUUGAAAUUGUGAAUUCUGAAAAAAAAAAUAAUAAUAAUAAUAAUAAUACUGUAAAUACAAUUCCAUUAACUACAUAUAAACUAUUAAGAAAAAGAAAUACAAACCUAUUUUUGUGAUGGAGUCAGCCUAAGGCAGUUUCUCUAGGGAAGUGGAAGCAAACAGGCCGGUUUAGCCUUGGGAGGCUGCGGCGGGGCGGGCGCUGCAGCCCCGCCCGGAACAGGCUCGCGCGAUUCGCUUCAUUUAAAACCCGCUUUUCCCAAGACUCAACACGAAGCUACGUUUUUUUGGGGGGGGUUUAUUUUUCCUAUUUAAGGCAUUUCCGGUUGAAAGCACACCUUGAUUUGGGGUUUUCAGGGGUUGUUUUAAACUAGAUCAACUCGCUGUCCAGUCAUUUCAGCGGCUCCGGGCCCGCCAGGGCGCGCGGGCGCAGCGGCUCCGCGCCGCCGUUAUUUGCUGUGUUAACAAAUUAGGAAAGCAACUUGGGUUUGUUAUUAUUGUAUCUUUUUGGGAAUACCUCAGUGCUACAAGUUUCACCCGAGAAGCAGCGGAAGAUUUUAAUUUAUUGUAGUUGUAAACAGAAUUUAAAGAAAAAAAAAAUAUAUAAACCAUCAUUGCACUGUGACUGGUAGGGGAAAAACUGACAGUUUCCUAUUUGCACAUGUUUAAUAUUUGGCUGUUAUAUAUAUGGUCCUCUGUUGGGGGAGGAAACUUAUGAAGGAUAUUUUUUAAUUUAAGUUUUUUAAUAUUGGGAAAUAGGCCUGCAACAGCGAAUAGCCGUACAAGGCGGUAGGUGGCGUUAGGAACAUACUGUAGUGUGGGUAGAGUUCUUCUUUUUUUAACGUAAUAUUGACGAGUUUUAUUGAUAUUUUUUUAAAUUGUUACGUUUAUAAAUUUGGUACUUUAGGUACAGCCGGUAUAAGACACUGAAUGCGACAUUUGUUAAAAAAGAGCUGCUGCACUCCUAUUUUUGUAAACUUUCCUACCGAGUAGACUCAUGUAGACGUUGAGUAGAGCAGGAGCAGCCGAGCCAGGAGCAAACCUCGCGCUGCUUGGGUGCGAGAGUCAUGCUUUUUUAUGUAGUAUUUUAGGUUUCUUUUCUUAUUUCAGAACAACCAGGUUUAAGCAAAAUGCUGGACGCUUUUUAAAUAAUACUGAGACUUGAUCAAGUAAUACAAGAAAUGAAACGAUUCUUUAAAAAAUGAAAAUAAAAAAUUAAAAAAAAAAAAGGAAGAAACCAAAUUCCCUGAGUGGACUGAUUGAACCAGGGAAUGUUUGAUCGCUCUUCUGUCGAUGUUGAUGUACUGUACUACCGGUUGGUUUCCUCUCCAUUCCCUGUCACCUCAUGGAAUUCUUUGUUGCUCAUUGUCUGUUAAUAGUGUAUAAAAUGCGAUCUUGUCAGAGUGCUGUCCUGAUGCUAGUGUAGUGACCCCCCCAGUACAUAUUGGUAGGUGUAUCGUAAUUAAGGUUAAAAAUCUAGAUGUAGUUAUUCAGAUUUAGGACCAGUAAGGAUAGAACUUUCUCUUAUUUAAGAAGAAAAAUGCUAAUAAUAAUAAUUUCGGGAAGGUUUUCCUUUUCUUCUUGAUUUCUUUUCCUUUUGCUGAUCUGAUGCGGUUUCAACUAACCAAAGGUCUCACAACAUUAAAAUGCUGGCGAACUCAAAGGCAUUUGUCGCUCCCCCCGCCCGGCCGGGGACGUGCCAUACUACCUUAAAUGCUAAUGCUAGAUAUGCAAAACUGGAUUUUUUUAGUUUAUUUUUUAAAAGAGGGAGGCACGGUGUAUUAAAACCAUUUUACUAAGAGAAAAUAAAAAAAAAAAAAAAUAUUUUUUUAAGAAUGCUCUGAAAAAAAAAAUUGCUGAUCUGUGUGAAUAUGCUUUAGAUGUUUCUAUACCUUUGAGAAGUCCCAGUGGCCCCCACAGCACAAACGUCGUGGAAUGCGGUGGGUUUGGAUGUGACUACCUAGGCCAAGGCUCCGUUAGUCCCCGCUCAUCUAAGUCCAUUUCGCGGGUGGUGGUUGGUUUUGUUCGUUCGUUUGGGGUUUGUAACUCUUCAGCACAAAGGUCCAGCUCCGCGCUGCGUUGGGUCGAGCACAGCGAGCGAAGGGACGCGCCCAAAUCUCCCACACGGUCCCGCGACCCCGGAGUGACCAAAAUGAGAUGUUUUAAUUGUCUUUUUUCCAUCUAGUUGUGCGAAAUGGGCACCCAGAGCUCCAUCCCCUCCAAGUAAACCAGCCCCUUUGGGAUUGGCUUCAUCAAAAUAGAGCCCGAGCUGUCCCUUGUUCUUUGUUCUUCAUAAACGCUCAUUUUAAGUUGAAUGUGUAGCUUGGACUUUAAGGUAGCAUGGCUCUCUUUGCUCUAAGUUUCUUUCUUUGCAUUGUCCGGCAUUCACCGCUGGUGAAUGUCACACAUCUCUGGGCUGGUUACACCAUGGGGUAAGUGCUGGUAAUAAUGACCUGAAAGGUGUUGGGUUUCUGUUCUCCUGCUCUGACCGAGGAUGCCGUUGUUCUCACCCGUAGCGGAACGCGGGCUCGCGGCUCCAGCCACACUUCCCUUCCUCUUUCCUUUACCCAUCACUCAAUGCAACAUAAUCAAUACUAAAGCAAUAUAGUUUACUACAUUUUUACCGAAGGCCAGCCAUGGGUCUGUAUGAUAUUGCAUAUGAAACUGUUUACAAAAAAAAAAAAAAAAGAAAAAGAAUAAAAAAACAACACGAACACAACACUAACUGCAGCUCCUGGCUGUCUCUGAUGUGUGGAAAUGUCUCUUGGGUGGAAUGUUCUGAAUUAUUUUCUUUAGUGGUUUGGUUUGUUUUUUUAAGUGAAAUAGUUCCAAGAGAAAAGUGAGGUUUAGCGUAAGGCGAAGAGACAGGGCAGAUGGAAGACACGGCGGCAGAGCCCAGUCUGCGCAGCGACGCUGUAGAGUCUCAUACGUACAGAGUCCGAGUCCGACCCGCUGCCGUGCGCGAGCACCGCGUGAGGAGGCUCUGUAGGCUAAGCAAUACUUUAAUACUGUAACAAAAUUACCAAAAAAAGGUAGAGAAAGUAAAUCCUCGUGACCGGUUCUCGGUUCCCAAGCAGUCCGCUGUGUUGUGUCCAGAGCCCGUGUGCGCGGCGCCGCCGGUGCCGCCGGGUCGCGCGGGCUCCGUGUCGCGUCGCCCGUCGUAGGUAGCGAGUCCCCGUCAUUCUCUGUUGUGCGAGGUCUGAGCUCCAUCAGUACUAGGAUGCAAGUCUAAGCGUUUCAGGUGGUCAUAAACGUACCUAAAUAAACUAUGGCACAGUGGCAGGCCUAGCCCUUUUAUACUUUAGUAUGAACUGAUGAGAACUUUGGUAGUGAGUUUUUUUUUAUAUAUAUACAUAUAUAUAUGUAUCUAUAUAUAUCAAGCAUCUUUCAGGUCUCUGUGUAUGGCUUUCUAAAGCCCUGUUGUAAAAUACUAUGUGGAUGGGGGUCUCUCACAUCACAGAUGUGGAAAGUAUAAUUUUAUAUUUGUAUUUUCAAAUAAAUAAGUUUGUGAAAGGUUUCCAUCCUCUACUGUGGUCCAGAAAUCAAUGUGUUUGUCUGACGAAAAAAUACAAUAAACUGUUUUGAACAGA